GCUCGCCGGCGCUAUUGGCUGAUCCGCACGUCUGCGCCAGGAUCGCAGCACCUGUGCGCGCCGAGCGGGGCUGUGCUACACGGGGCUGAGGGGGUGUUGCAUUAGCUGCGGUCUCCCCUCUGGCCUCUGGAGUUAGUCCUGCUCAUUCAGUGAGAAAAAAGGGGGGGGGGAGCCUUUUUUCUUUCCUUCUCUUCCGUCGUGCUUUAUAGGUGAAUGUACGGCCGCGGGAAUAUCCGGGGAGUCAUGCAGUAUUGCACCAGGCAGAAUCCAGGUCCUGCCCACCGCAGGGAUGUUUAAAAAAAUAACGAAGUGCGAAUCUAAGCAGUGUUAAGAGAAGAGGAUGGGUACGGUUCGCGCAGGGGGCUUGCUCCGGGACCGGUAGUGCGCCGGGGGAAGAUCGGUGCGCCCGCAGUGCUUUGCCGUAGUGGGUGAUGUUGGAGCCGCCUGCUGACUAAUUCUGUGCAGAAAGGGAACGGCGACUCCACCUCUUCCUCUCUCUGUGCUGGCGUGCGGCUGCUUUCGAUUUAUAGACAAGAGGUGGUGAGAUCCCGGAUCCCGGGCAAGUCUCUCAUUCCUUACACCACCACACACACACACCCCUCCCCAGUGGGAUUUUCUCCUCGACAUGGCCGGGCCGGAGCAAGCCCAGCAGCAGGUGGACGAAGGAGCGGAGCACCUGGAUGACGCGGAGCUGGCCCUGCAAGGCAUCAACAUGCUGCUGAACAACGGCUUCAGAGAGAGCGACGACCUCUUUAGAAAGCACAGGAACCACAGCCCAUUAAUGAGUUUUGGAGCAAGUUUUGUCAGUUUUUUGAAUGCCAUGAUGACCUUUGAGGAGGAGAAGAUGCACAUGGCCUGUGAAGACCUGAAGACGACAGAGAAGUUGUGUGAGAGUGACGAUACCGGAGUCAUUGAGACAAUCAAGAACAAGAUCAAGCGGAAUACUGACUCCCAGAGAUCCACUUCCUCAGUGGUUGAUCGCCUUCAGAGACAGAUUAUUGUAGCAGACUGCCAGGUGUACCUGGCCGUUCUCUCCUUUGUCAAACAAGAGCUCUCAGCUUAUAUUAAAGGGGGCUGGAUCCUUCGAAAGGCCUGGAAGAUCUACAACAAGUGUUACAGCGACAUCAGCCUGCUCCAGGACUCGUGUCAGAAGAGGACUUCCCAGGGAUCUCUGCCCUCAGAUCAGGCCAAUGAUAACACUCUGUCCCAGGAGGGGCUUUCAGCAGAAUCCCUGAGCCGACUGAAGGGCUCCGUGAGCUUUGGAUACGGGCUCUUCCACCUGUGCAUCUCUAUGGUGCCGCCUCACUUGCUUAAAAUCAUCAACCUGCUGGGCUUCCCCGGAGAUCGGCUGCAGGGCCUGUCUUCUCUCAUGUACGCAAGUGAAAGUAAGGACAUGAAGGCCCCUCUCGCUACGUUGGCUCUGCUGUGGUACCACACAGUGGUGCGACCCUUCUUCGCCCUGGAUGGGACAGACACGCAGGCAGGACUAGCAGAGGCAAAAGCCAUCCUUCAGAAGAAAGAAGCGGUGUACCCCAACUCCUCCCUGUUCAUGUUUUUCAAAGGCAGGGUUCAGAGAUUAGAGUGCCAGAUUAAUAGUGCCUUGACUUCCUUCCAUGAGGCGCUGGAACUUGCAAGCGAUCAAAGAGAAAUUCAGCACGUGUGUCUGUAUGAAAUUGGGUGGUGCAGCAUGAUUGAGAUGAAUUUUAAAGAUGCAUACAAGUCCUUUGAGCGGCUCAAGAGCGAGUCGCGAUGGUCUCAGUGCUAUUAUGCUUAUCUGACUGGAGUCUGCCAGGGAGCUACAGGAGAUCUGGAGGGUGCAAAGAUGGUUUUCAAGGAAGUUCAAAAGCUCUUCAAGAGGAAGAACAAUCAGAUUGAACAGUUCUCUUUGAAGAAGGCAGAGCGGUUGAGGAAAAUGUCCCCAACUAAGGAACUGUGUAUCCUGGCUGCAAUAGAAGUGCUGUACCUUUGGAAGGCUCUCCCUAACUGUUCAUUCUCCAAGCUGCAGCACAUGAGUCAAGCUUUACAAGAAGUGAAUGAUCCGGCAUAUGUGGGCUUAAAGAACUUACUGCUUGGUGCCAUACACAAAUGUCUAGGAAACACGAAGGAUGCCAUUCAGUCCUUCCAGUUGGCUGUAAGAGAUGAGCUGGGACGCCAGAGCAAUUCCUACGUCCAGCCGUACUCCUGUUAUGAGCUCGGCUGUAUCGUUCUGGAAAAUCCAGAGACUACAGGGAAAGGAAGAAUAUUGCUCCUUCAGGCUAAGGAGGAAUUCUCCGGCUAUGAUUUUGAAAACAGGCUGCAUGUGCGCAUUCAUGCUGCAUUAGCCUCCCUUAAAGAAGUUGUUCCACAGUGACACCGUAAUCCCUCCCUCCCGUCACACAGGCGAAAAAGCACUCCUGAUCUGCACUUUAUGUUGUGCGCAAGACUAAGUGGACACAGGGAGCCUGGCUUUAUUUAUGAAAGCCAGCAGUGCAUAAUUCUGUGACUUAAUUUUAUUUCUGAAUUUGUUUUAUUCUCAUCAGUAGGGGAAUCGUUUAGAUACGUUGUUUAACACUGAGUUGUUUUGUUACAUAAUGAAGUUAUGAAGACUCCCAAUCCCAUAGCAGAGUAUCGGGUGGCCCUUGUUUCGUGUUGUUAACCUGGUCAGUCUUGUUUUUGCCCGUCUACAGACUUGAACAAUGAGUGGUAGUGCUUGAAAAGCCAAGAGAAGUCAUACUUCUUCAUUUUCCUUCAGGCCACAUCCAUUUGCGGCUGGGGCAUAAAACUCAAAUCAACAAAUCGCAGUUUUGAAGCUAUUGUGUUGAUUCUGUCAAGAGGCAAGGGAAAGGUUUUUAGUCACUUGUCUGUCUUGCUUUCACAGAACCAGACAAACGUUAAUGGCAUUUCAAUAUAGCCAUACAAGACAAUGCAUUAACUCUUACUUAGAAGUUAAUUCACUGUUUGUGAGCAUCAGUGAGGCCUGCUGUACAUAAGUGUUUGAAGAAUCCAGCCAUCACUAAAACAAACACACUAUACUAUAAAGGUAAUUUGUUUGGGAUGGUAUAGCAAUAGGCAAGAUGGAGGUACGCUUCUCAGACUUGCAGCAAUGAUUUUAAAUUUAAAGUCAACGCAAGUCUUUGACUUGUGUGCACGAAAUAUUGUUCUUGGUUAUGAAUUAGCAGCAGUUUGGAUAUCGUUUUACGCAACAGAGCUAUAAUGUAGUUCAGUAAAAGACCAGCAGAAUGUGCUUACUGUCCUACACUGCGAAAGGUGGAGCCAAAAUCUGUUAUUUAAAGUGCCAUCCACUAAAAUAAUGUUUUUAAUGUCACACUAAAAAUCUUUCUCUCUUCUCUUUAUACAUGAUCUCCUUUGACCCAAACAUGAUCUUUUUAGUCUUUUUUUAAGCCGUUGAGAUUUUAGACCUUGUAGGAUUUUCUUAAAUUUCUUUCCAUAGAACCACUAAACUCCAGAAAUUACCCCUUAAAUACAUUGGAAAACUAUUUUCUAUGUAUUUUCUAAAGUAACUAAAUACCUCAAAUUUACACAAUUAACACAUAAAUAUAGAAUGUGUAUAUAUAGUAUUCACAGAUGUAUAUAACCUUUGUAUGUUGCGUAUCACUUAAAUAUAACGGAGGAGAGAAGCAGCUUUUAUUGCCUUUCAUUUCUGGUUUUGGUUUAUUCCUUUGAUUUGGCUUUUGUGACUGAACAAGCUGCUGUCUCACAAGUACAUUGUGCAUGACUAUUUACCAUCGUUUGCCACAAAAGAAGAAUUUUCAAAGUAAGAAGCGCACCAGGAAGUCCCACUGAAUCCAAGAUACCAAAUCUCCUUUUAAUUCAAAUUACAACUUCCAUUAAUUAUUACUGGUAUUUAAACCAAGGCUGUAUUCUGUUAACGCCCACACCCACAAAUACAUAUCACUAAAUGCAGGCCUUCAAUGUUAAUCCAUCUGUAAUGUUAAAGUUAGAGCUUUAACCAACAGUUAAAGAAAAGUUCAGCCAGUUUGUAUAUUGUCUGAAAAACAGUAAGGACACAAUGGACAAAAAAUAGAUAUCUAUAUAUUGCCAAAUUUGUUGAUAAUGUGUGUGUAGCUGUGUUUGCCUGGGUGAUGGAGAUUGCAGGUAAAAAAAUGCUGCUGAAUCUUUUUGGGAAAUUAGUAUAUUUGCAGUACCUAUAAAGUCCUUAUCAAAAUAAAUUGAUAAAGAUUUGUGUAUCCCCCAUAAAUCACCUUGUAUUUCUGUGUGUGUGUAUAUCUAUGAAUUAGAACAUUUGCUACUUUUUUGCAGGGGUUUUGUCCUAUUUCUAAAAUCUAAAAUGUAGCACAGUAAUGAUUAGGAUAUUUUCUCGCAAAAUAUUUGUAUAUUUUUCCUGAGUUUCUAGAAUAGCAAAGCAUAGUAUCUUAGAAGUGCAUGUUCAUAAUCAGGUUCAUUUCUUGAGGUUGAAUACAAUUGCAAUAUAGUCUGAAGAAAUUCAGACAUCUUAUUCUCGUUUUACAGAUAGAAAAGUUUUCAAAAUAGUUUUUCAUCCUUUAUUUUAGGAUUACAAUGAGGCUUUCAUAUCAGAUCAUACCGGUGACGAGUGCUUUGUAAUAUAUCGAUAUUCAGUGCCAUGUAAAGGUUUGAAGGUGGCAACAGUGGGGUGGUUACUGAGCACACUAUUGUUACCUUUUCUGCUCUUUAGUGUUCGCAUUAUUAAUAUCUUUGCGUCUCUGAACAGGUCACUGUUUAAUCUUUAAAUUACACCACGGAUGUUGGUGCGAAAGGUGCCUUGUACUGGAAGUAUUUUGGGUAUAAACUUAUGGCCUCCCCGCCUCAGCCUUUGGGUGGGUUGACUUCAUAUCUUUCUGCUUCAGAAAAAUACAGUUCUUCUCUGGGUGCUGUAAAGGUUGGUGCUCCACAGGACUUGGUUGUGGGUCCUUUACUUGCUCUUUUUGUUACCAAUGCAAAUGUCAAAGAGUAGUGUAGUCUAGUGGAUCAGCCAUUAAGCCCGUCACCAGGAGUGGGUUCACCCACUGCAGACCCUGGUAUUGUACUCUUGAGAAAGGUACUUUAUCCAAGUGAUCCCAGUCCAUCCAGCUUUAGAAGUAGGGACCAGCAUUGUUGGGGGGUGACUCUUGGGACUUGAUCUGUGUCCCCUCCUAUGGCUGUAAGGAGUCAAGAGCUCUUUAAUCUGAAUAACCAAAAGACAACUUCUUCAGGAACCACUUUUACAUUCCAAGUGUAUUUAAGCCAUUGACAAGUAUUAAGUAAUUAUUUGUCUUUUGGCCUGCAGAUUUUUUGGGAUCUACAGCUCAAUUUUUGAAAUUGGUCCCAUUGGUAGCUUUCACUGCAGGAAGGGUACAGAAAUGUUAGCGCAUGCCUUUGGGACCUGUUGAUGAGUGAGAUUUUCAGUUAGUAUGCCUUCCUAACACAAUUCCAACUUCUGUACAUUACCGCAGGUUGAUUACUUGAUGACGUCUUCCUGAACAUAUUACACUAUUGUUUAAGGACUGAAGGAGUAAGGAACAAGUUAGAUAUGCAAAACCUUGCUUUCUAAAUAUAUGCUGUGGAAAUAAUUUCCAUGUACAGCUCCUCUUGCUUAAUUAUAAUUAUUUCCGUUGCCUUAAGUCAGACUUAUUGGACUAUAAUUACUUGGUUUGGUUUUUUUAAACCUUGGUGUGUAUGGGUACUAUGUUAGCAAUUCUCCAGUUGUGUCAAUGGCUUCUGAAGAACAUCUUUCAUUUCCAACUAGUAAGAUACCAUCAGACACUAGAGAUUUAUUCAUGCUGCAGAAAUCACUGCUGAAACACUUCUCCCUCUUCUACGCUAAUACUCUCUAGUUAUAACAUGCAUGCAACCCUUGCACUUAUAAAUGGGGAGUGUUUUGGCAGUGACCUCUCCAGCAUCUUUUGGAGCCCAUAACAUUUUUCAUGCUGGCCAUUUUACAGUUCCUAUAAGUUCUGUUUCAGAAAACCAGACGUCUUCUGCACUCAGUUUACUUGGCAGGUAUCUCUGCUUGUCUUGCAAGUGUGAUGAUGUCUGGCUAAAGACUGCUCCCCAUUCUUGGUUGACUGUUCCCAGCUGGUGGCUGUCAAAUGUCUCAGCUGAGCUCUGAUUAUGAAACCUUGAAGUCAACACCUUGACUGGACAAGUAAGAUUAUUGUGAUAACGAGCUACACAUAAAGUAAUUUGAAUUGAUCCUCCCAGUUAAGGUACCUAAUCAAACUGGAAUUCCCGCUCUGUUGAUGUGAAACACUCCAUAUGGAGGAACAAGUAAAGGUUUGUUCCAUGCUGAAAAGAGAAGAAAAGAAAAAUGCUCCACAGCCGAAAUGUUGUGUUUC